UGCAGUGGGAGUAUAUAGAUAGCCGAACACAAAUAAGUCAGGAUGGUAUGUGUAUGGAAAUAUGCCGUCAGCUUCUGAAACACCUGGUGACAUACACUUAUCAGUACCUCGUGGACAGCUGUCAGCUGACCUGCUAACGUGUGUACGUGAUAGACAUGACCAGACAGUCACCCUCCCCAGUAAAGGUACAUCUAAGCGACCUCCAGGAACAUUACCAGGAAUGUAAACCAUGUCGGAUUAUCAGGAUAUGUAUCGGCUAAAUCUCGUUUUUAAAAUAAUUUUGUUCACAUAACUGUUAAGUUUAAUGGUAGGUUAAGGACAAUCUCUAUUGAUAGAUCACAAUUUUAUACACAGAUAUAUAUAUAUAAAGCAUUUGUUUAAUAACAUUUCAAAAUGUUAGAGUCCGCGCCAUUGCUGAAGAAGUCUUCAAGUAGUCAUAAAAAUCUAUCUUUAUGCCAACGACUUCUGUACAGUAUUGGGCAUGUUCUGAAUGACCUCACAGCUUCUAUGUGGUUCAGUUACCUGAUCAUCUACUUCCACCAAGUAAAACAGUUUGACAACACUUUGGCGGGAUACCUGAUGAUGAUUGGCCAAAUCAGUGAUGCAUUGUUUACUCCAUUUGUUGGUAUUGAGUCUGAUCGUAGUCAAGGAAUACUCAAGAUCGGGAAGCGAAAAACAUGGCAUUUGAUAGGUACUGUCUGUGUGGCCUGCAGUUUCCCCUUCAUCUUUAACAAGUGUAUCACCUGUGACCAUACCAAGGACAUAUACCAGUUUAUCUACUAUGCACCGUUCGUGAUCAUAUUUCAGUUUGGUUGGGCAUCGACUCAGAUCUCUCACCUGUCACUUAUACCUGAUCUCACUGCUAAAGAGGAUGAACGUGUUGAGUUAAAUGGCACAAGGUAUGCUUUCACAGUGCUGUCCAACCUAACGGUGUUCGGAUUGUUUGCCCUCCUGUUUUACCUCAACACAGAAGGUGGAAUUGGAAAUAGUAACAUGCUGUCUCCAGUGGACAAUAACAAAUUCAGAGACCUUGUAUUUAUUGUGGUCAGUCUUGGAGUAGUGGUCAGUUUCCUUUUCCAAAUCGGUGUGAAGGAGGGUGUGAAGACUUUGUCUCAUGUAGAGGCAGAUGAAGCCAUUUCCAAGUCUCUAAAAACAUGUUCGUCAAUGUCUUCCUCCACUGGCGAGAGUUGUCAAACCAUAGAAAUCUCCAUGUUGAGGAAAUCCCUCAUGUCCUGGAAGGACUGGCUCAAAGAAAAGCAGUUUUAUCAAGUUGCUGUGAUGUACAUGUGUACAAGGUUGUUUGUAAAUGUAUCACAGAUUUAUCUCCCUUUGUAUGUCACAGAGACUUUACAGAUGUCUAAGGUGAAUGUUGCCAUUAUGCCAUUGGUUGUGUUUGUCAGUGGACUCUUCACAUCCCUAGUCAUGAAACCUGUCAACAGGGCUAUUGGCAGAAAAGCCACCUAUUUUAUAGGACAGUUAUGUGGUAUAGGAGCGUGUGUAUGGAUUUAUUUUCUGAAAGAAUCUUCAAAGCAGUACUGUUACGGUGUAGCAGUGCUAUUGGGCAUCGGUGGCUCAACCAUGCUGGUUACCUCCCUUGCAAUGACAUCAGAUCUCAUUGGACAAAACACAGAGAGUGGAGCUUUUGUGUAUGGAGCAAUGAGUUUUACUGACAAGCUUUCAAACGGUAUAGCUGUCGUCCUCAUUCAACAGAAUCAUCCCUGCACGAACUGCUGUCCUAUGUGUAACCAGUAUUUCAAGACAGUGCUGACAUUUGUCCCAGGAGGAGUUGUUCUACUCACGAUAGUCGUCCUCAUCACUCUCCUCCCAACAAAGAUAGGCACAAAGAAAAAAGGAAUGCAACUUUUGGAGCCGGUUGUUAAUACAGAAGACUCCAACAUUGUGAUUCCUGGAACAAUACCCUGUCCAGCAGGUCGCAACACCUGCUGUGAAGAGGAAGGUGAUCCAGACCAUAUACAACAACUACUGGCUAAAAGUCAUAGUGUCAAUUCGUGUUAAUACAACAACUACUGGCUAAAAGUCAUAGUGUCAAUUCGUGUUAAUACAACAACUACUGGCUAAAAGUCAUAGUGUCAAUUCGUGUUAAUACAACAACUACUGGCUAAAAGUCCUAGUGUCAGUUUAUGUUAAUACGAUAGCUACUGGCUUAAAGUCCUGGUAUCAAUUCACAUAAAUACAGCUAUACUAUUUCUGGCUGAAAGUCCUGGUGUCAAAUCAUGUAUAAGAGGUACUACUGGCUAAAUGUCUUGUGUCAAUUCGUGUAUACGAGCUACUACUGGCUAAAAUCCCUGGUGUCAAUUCGUGUAUAGGAACUGGCUAAAAGUCCCGGUGUCAACUCAUGUUGAUACUGCCACUACUGGCUCAAACUCCAUGUGUCAAAAAAUAUAUUAUACAAUAACAUAUACCUCAUCAAUUACAUUUUUGACAUGUUUUUUUUCUCUGGGAAAGAUAUCAAAUAUUGUCCUCAGUUGAACCAUGCAUCCUGCUUAGCAUGCACCCAACAAAUACUCUAAAGAAUUUCUAAAUAAAACUUGUGUACUGAUUGGACAUAAUUAUUGACUAGUGUGACCUGAAUGGGUUUGUGAUAUAUGGUGGUUCAAUGUCUACAGAAAAUGAAGCAGGAGCUAACAUUUCAGACAGAGGACAGCAUAGGUGUCAACCAUCCCGGAUUACGCGGGAAGUGCCCGGAAAAUCAUUAAAAUUUCCCCUAAAUCCCGAUUUGGUACAUUUCCCGAAUCGGGGUUAUAAAUUUCUCCCGGAUUUGAGCAGUCUUCCCUCAUAAACCCCGGAAAUCUCAGACACUUUGACCCUGAACUGAUUAUGUAAACAAAACACCCCCACCACCUGUGUAGCUGCCCUGGCCUGGGGCUUGGUGAGAGAGGGGAGUCGGUCACUGGUCACCAUAUGCGUGCCGACAGUGUAAUGUGAUACCUCUGCCUGUAUUCACUGUUUAUUAUAAAACUGAGUGAAAAAGAUAUGAAAUAGAGACUCUUGUACUCUUUAUAUUAGGUAAUCAAAUAAAUCGAUAAAUAGAAUCUUGUACUCCUCUAUGUACCUUAUGUAUGAUGAUUAAACUACGGUGAGCCAUGGUCCAUCGUCGUCUGUCCGUCGGUCGGUCCAUCGUCGUCUUGUCCGUCGGUCGGUCCAUCGUCGUCUGUUCGUCGGUCGUCCAUCGUCGUCUGUCCGUCGGUCGUCCAUCCUUUCUCAUAAUUUACUUCAAAUUACUACUAAAACUAAAGUACUGAUUGGAUUUGAAAAAAUAUAGUCAGGAACAUCCUUAGGAGAAGGGAAACUGAUUUUGCAUAAAUGGUGACACCCCCCACCCCUGAAGCCUGGCUGUGUUGGAUAUGUGUGUAUAUAUUCUGUACAUAAUCUUAGGCAAAAAUGUUUGUGAACAUUUGUAUAUAUUACGCUUCAUAUUGUUGAGAUAUAUUGAUAAUUGUUAUCUCUUAUUGUUUAGAAAACAACCUUGAUUCCUGGUGAUGGAAAUAUUGUUUUCAUUAUUUAUGUUACAAAGUUUAAGUGUUAUUUAUUUUGUCUUCAAUGCACAGACUACUUCAACAAAGGAACUGGAUAUUGUAACCUUCUUCUAACUGUAGAAAUUAAUACACAAAAUGAUAUUUUUAGCCCAUCAUCAUAAUAGGCUAUUCAAAUCGCCAUGUGUCCAAUUGGUCCGUCCAUCCGUCCUUGUUAUCGCUAUUUCUGAGAAAG